UCCAAAAAAAUCUCAGUUACCAAGUGGACCAGUAGAAAUAACCUUGGAUGCCCCUGUUAUCUACAGGAAAAAAAAAAAGAAAGGGGAGUUUGACCUACAAGCUUACUUCAGGCGUCAGAUAAAUAAAUUUAAACGAGAAGUUGCUAUGGAUAUUCACAAGGUGCAUUUAUUAUUUUUAUUGGCAAGGUGCCAAUAUUUGAACAAUCUGUGCAUGGAGGAGACUGUACAAGCACAAGUGUUUUCUAUCACCUUGGUAACAAAAGAAUUGAAAUUACCCCCCACAAAGUCAUGUACAGAGAGUCAUGUUACACGGGUAUUAUCCUGGAUCCAAGAAAAGCAGCAUUAUUUGAGUGAUAUAAUGGCAGAAAGUUUUAGUAAAGUUUCUACACAGUUGAAGAUUACGCUGAUUUGUGUGGCUUUACUGCGUCAAGUUGGUUUUCUGACAAGAUUUGUGACAUCACUUCAGCCUGUACCGUUUAAAGAAUCAGGAAGUAAGUCAAGUUCUUCAAAGAAAGGAAAAUCGCCAAAAUCUUCGAAAGGGAAGGAAAAAGGUACAACUGAAAGUAAAAGAUCUACCUCAAAAUCUGUGAACAGUAAAUCAGGGAAGAAAAACAUCUCAAUUAAAUCUGAACAAUCUGUCAAAACUGAACAAAUCAAAACAGAGAAAAUGGAAAUAGAUGAAGAUGUAAGUAAUAAUAGAAAAGGACCUAAAGGAGGAAAACUAGUAAAAAGGAGAAGUUCUGACAGAAAAUGUUCCAAGGUCUCAAAAAAUGCUUAUAAAGAAGAUGCCAGCUGUGAUGAUGAAAAGUUAAGUGAUGAUAAUGAUGAUGAUUAUGUUCCAAAUGAUGUCAACACUGAUGAUGAUCAGGAAAUGAAGCAUAAAAGAAAAAGAAGUAAAAUUAAGAAAGAAACAAAAAUAUCUUCAGAUGAGAAUGAUUCAGUAAAAGAGGAAAACUUGUCAGAUGAUGAUUUUGAAGAGGACAGUAUUUUGAUUAGAACCCAGCAGUUGAAGAAAGAGACAUCAAAAUCCAAAAAUAGGAAGGCAUUAUCUAGUGAUUCGGACCCAGACAACAUUGGUGUUGAUAAUUGGACAGAAGUUUAUAUUGAGAGAGAAAAGAAAUGGUUAUGUGUAGACUGUGUCAAGUUACAAGUUAUGAAACCAUAUGAAAUAGAAAAUAAAGCUACACAACCAGUCAGCUAUGUGGUAGGAAUCACACAAGAGGGUUAUAUACGAGAUGUAACAGCAAGGUAUGCUAGCCAGUGGUUAACAGAGACAAGGAAACAUCGUGUAGACAACGAGUGGUGGGACGAGACAUUACAGCCGUAUAAAUGUCCCGACAAGACAAGAGACCAGCAGGAGGAUCACGAACUGAGCUCUCAACUUCAGCAGCGCCCUCUACCUACAUCUAUCGGAGCAUUUAAAAGUCAUCCAUUAUAUGUUUUGAAGAGACAUCUUUUAAAGUUUGAAGCUUUGUACCCGGACACUGCGAUACCUGUAGGAUAUAUACGAGGCGAACCAGUUUAUGCUAGAGAAUGUGUUCAUACUCUUCAUUCCAGAGAAAAUUGGUUAAAGGAAGGCAGGGCAGUUAGGGUUGGAGAAGAACCGUACAAGUUUGUGAAAUCAAGACCAAAAUGGAAUCGGCCGAAAGAAGAUCCUGAGGCAAAAGAUUUAGAGUUGUUUGGCCUGUGGCAGACAGAGCUGUAUAUACCACCACCUGCUAUUGAUGGUAAAGUACCAAGAAAUGCUCAUGGUAAUGUAGAAAUGUUUCUACCUUCAAUGUUACCUGCAGGGACGGUCCAUUUAAAAGUUCCAGCUUUAAACAAGGUGGCUAAGAAGUUAGAUAUAGACUGUGCACCAGCUAUGGUCGGCUGGGAUCAUCAUUGUGGUUUCUCACAUCCACUAAUGGAUGGUUGGAUAGUAUGUGAGGAAUAUAAAGACAUUCUAUUAGCUGCCUGGGAUGAAGAACAAGAAAUUAUUAGAGAAAAAGAACAACAAAAACGAGAGAAGAGAGUUUAUGACAACUGGAGGAAACUAAUCAGGGGAAUGAUGAUAAAAGAAAGGUUAAAGAAACGAUUUGAUCUGGAGGAGAAACCAGUAGAGGAUGGUAAUAAACCUGAUGAUAUAGUAAAACCUGACAAUAAACAACAACCAGCAGGUACAACAAAUAAAGUUGUAGAGAAAGCAACAGACAAGAAACAUGCCUGGCCUCAAAAUAGAAUGGUGAACAAACAACAACAUGUAUGUGCUGUAGAGGAACUCUGAUCACCAUGACUGUGCCAGUUACAAUCAUAAAUAGUCACUAUUUUUCUUUGUGACACAGGAAGAUUACUUUCAUUUGCAUGAAAAAAUUUACAUAAAUAUCAACUUUUUUUAUACAAAACAACUAAAUUUCCAGUUCAGGAAUUUUAUUAAAGUCUUCCUUAAUUAAUGAUUGUUAAGUUAGUGUAAUGUGUAAAUGUCAACCAUGUAAGUUUUACUUUGAUGUUUUCAUAGAGAAACAUAAAGUCACUGUUAUAAACAUUUGUACAUGUAUUAUAACAGUUACUUGUAAAUAAAAUAUUGAAGCUAUAUAAAGAUAGGCACCCAUACAUUUAGGUGCAAAAGUAAUAAACAAUUCUAACACGACUUGCAUUUUUUCCUAUUGGGCAUAAAAUUGAAAGUGUGUUAUUAUGCAAGAAAAUCUCUGUUGGCGUUCUAUAUUAAGAUAUGUGAAGUAAUCAUUUUAUGUUCGAUGUAACCACUAAAAAUGCGACCCCCUGAAAAUAAGUACGGAAACAAAUCAGGCGCAAUUUAACGUAGCAGUUGUGUAAGAAUCAAAAUAAUAUAUCCAAAUAGGUGAUUUUAUUGCUUGAUAAAAUCAAUGUUUGUUGAGAUGUGCAUCAUUAUAUCACUCGGGCUACGCCCUCAUGAUAUAAUUCCUCGCAUCCAAAUAAAGUUGUUUUUUUUUAGUGAAAAUCACUGAUUUGGAUAUAUCAUUUCUUAAAUAUAAGCAGGGCAUAGUCUAGUAUAAUCUAUUUCUCAAAUACAGUGUAAUUAAAAUGACUGGCCAAGUUAAUUUUAUAGAGAAAUAUUUUUUGUUAUGGGUAAUAAUCUCAAAUAUUGUUCACUAUAC